AGAAUUGGUAAUUGUCACUUGUCACGUUCGCCGUGUGUUCGCCUAUCAGUUUCCAGUUCCAGUAUAACGUUAGUCACGUAAUACUUGGUAUAUAAUUUUAACUGAUAGUUAAUCACCACCUUAAAUCAGAGAACAAAAGUGAGACAAAAAAAGUUCGAAUUAAGGGAACAUGACGACUGUCAACGAGCCUGUCACGGUUCCAAUAACAAAAAAACCAUCUGAUAGCGCAUUUAAGCAGCAACGCCUGCCAGCCUGGCAACCAAUUCUGACUGCAGGCACGGUACUCCCGACAUUUUUUGUGAUCGGAAUCGCAUUCAUACCGGUGGGGAUUGGCUUACUGUACUUUUCAGACGAGGUUAAAGAGUACUCGAUAGACUACACAAAUUGUACAGGUGUAGAAAAAAAAUGGAAUAAUGCAUCCUGUGCAGAAGUUAUAACAAAUCAUCCUGGAGAGCCAUGCUCUUGUCGAAUUAAUUUCACGCUGCCAAUGGAUUUUGGUGGUAACGUUUAUAUGUACUAUGGCUUGACAAAUUUCUAUCAAAAUCAUCGACGUUAUGUCAAGUCACGAGAUGACAAUCAAUUAUUGGGAGUUCUCAGUCCAUUGGUAUCAAGUGAUUGCGAACCUUUCGCUUAUGACGGCGAUAAGCCCAUAGCACCGUGUGGCGCAAUCGCGAAUUCACUAUUCAACGACAAUCUCACAUUAAUUUGGUACAAUAACCGAUCAGAAGAAAUUGUCCCUCUCAUUAAGACCGGUAUUGCUUGGCCAUCUGACAAAAAUAUCAAAUUCCGCAAUCCACCGGGUGAUCUUAAGCAAGCUUUCGAGGGUUACAGUCAUCCGAAAAAUUGGACCAAACAAAUUUGGGAAUUAGAUCCUGAUGAUCCAUCCAAUAAUGGCUUUCAGAACGAAGAUUUGAUCGUGUGGAUGAGGACUGCGGCUCUGCCAACUUUCAGGAAACUUUAUCGUAAAAUUAACAAUACUCAGGCUCCUUUCACCAUGGGAUUACUCAUGGGCAAUUAUCGUCUCGAUGUUAAUUACUCAUAUUCGGUAUCUGCUUUCGAUGGAACAAAACGGAUGAUUCUCAGCACAACAUCAUUGCUCGGAGGGAAAAAUCCAUUUCUGGGAAUCGCUUACAUAGUCGUUGGCUGCGUGUGUCUUGUUCUGGGCAUUGCUCUUCUUAUCAUACACAUCAAAUGUUCCAAGAGCACGAACGAGAUGAUGAACGUGAAUCAAAAUACACCUUAUCAAUGAGGGCUGAGAAAAAUGGCGAAGAAAAUGUACACAAAAAUCGCUUGAAAGAAAAAUAUCGAUAAUAUCGAUGAUUUUCAAUCAUGAUGCCUUAGCGCUUAGGCAAACAAAAACCACACUAGUCUUUAAUUAAUGAAAUUUAUUUAAUCGUACGAGUCGUGUAUGUUCGUUUGUAGUAAUUGUUUAGCGCACAGCACGGCACUAAUAAUCGUCAAGCUCCUUUUUUCCUUGAUCACUUGUCGAUUCUCGGGGAAGAAUAAAAAAUGUGUAUUUGUUAUAUCGAUCGUAUAAUUGGAAAUAAUUUUGCCAGUUUUUCAUAGGUGACUGAUAAAACGGGAAGUUUUCUUUGUUUGUAAAGAAACUGUAUAGCCAUAUGCAAAACAAUCGGCGAGUAUUUUUAUACGAUUACCACACUAAUUGUAGUAUACAAGAAAAAUCUACAAAAAAAUGUAGAAAUUAUAGUAUUUUUAUUCUUCGUGUUAUUUUUCUAUACUUUAGGAUUUGUUGAAUUAAUUCAUCUGAUCACAGAACAAAAUGGAUUCCAUGCUCUAUGGUCAGAGCUCCACUUAUUUUUUUUUUCUUCUCUCCGCACUAUUAUACCAAGUACAAAAUAAUUUAUCUGUAAACUUUCGUUGUAGAAUACAUAUGGUCAAUUGGCAUUGUUUUUCAGUGAAAAAAUUUAAUCAAUGAUUCACAAAUGUUGACUUGAGAUUUUUUCAAUGGUAAUCAAUCUUCAGAAAGUUCAAUUGAUCUGAUCAGCGAAGUCUUUGACCUAUUUUUCCUCACAUUUCGUUGAUAUGAAAGUAAUAUUAAUACUACAAAUUGGAUGUUUAAACACUCAAUCGAUAAUGAUCAUUUGUUAUAUUCACUAUCGAAUUUUUCACCCCCACGAGGGUUCAUUUUGUCUUGAACGUCUAAAAAUAAAAGUAUCAAAUGUAAACACACCAAAAAAAAGUGCAGGAUUAAUAGAAAGUAUGAGAAAAUAAAGAACAAGAGAUGUUAGGUAGAAAA